AACGUUCUAAUCUACUCCGUCUAUUUAUUAAGUAUUUUAUAUUUUUACACAAAAAAUAAAUUAAUUAAAAAUAUUUCUCCAUUAUUUAUUGCUUUUCAGUGCCCUGUUCCUCUGUGUUCCUCAUUCGUCGACCAGUUGGCUCCGCCUCGUCUCUCUCCGGGUUUCGAUCCUGCGAAGAACGAAGCUUUAAUCGAGCAAAAAUCGGCGCCAAUUGAGAGAAUAUUACAGUUUCUAAGGCUUUAUUUUGCAAAAUUUGAGCAGCUACGGUAGCUUUGUUGGUGGUGUGAAGUUGUAUUAGAGAAAAAAAGAAAAAAAAUCGAGAAAAUUAGGGUUUGUAGUUUUUGGUGUUGUUUUAUUGUAUUUCGUUUGAUUGUAGCUUCUCUCAAUUUAAUGAGAAUUUGUCUGAAGUAUAAUACUCAUAAAUUUUCUUUUUUCCUUUUUCAGUUUUGAUUUUGCCUUUUUUUGUUUCUCCAGUUACAUUCAAUCAACUGUUGUAAGUGGAUUUAUGAAAAAAAGAGAAAACAAUUUGUGAUUCAAGGUUUAUUUUGUUAUUAUAUGCAAAAAAGAUAAGAGCUUUAAGAGUUUUGCUGUGUUUUUUUUCAAUUGAGUAUAAAAGAAAAAAAAGAGAAAUAGUUAUUUGUGUUUUCUGGAGAGGAUGAGUAACACUGGAUAUGGAAUAUCUGAGCCAAUUUCAACUGGUGGACCCUCUGAAUUGGAUGUUGUUAGAAACCGGGAACUGGAAAAGUUUCUUGCAGAUGCAGGCUUAUAUGAAAGUCAUGAAGAGGCCAUUAAAAGGGAAGAAGUGCUAGGAAGAUUAGACCAGAUUGUGAAGACGUGGGUGAAAAAUGUCUGUCGUGCUAAAGGCUUCAAUGAUGAUCUGGUGCAUGAGGCAAAUGCAAAAAUCUUCACAUUUGGCUCAUAUCGGCUUGGUGUACAUGGUCCUGGUGCUGAUAUAGACACACUAUGUGUAGGACCUAGACAUGCGAUGCGUGAGGACUUCUUUGGUGAACUUCAUAGAAUGCUUGAAGAGAUGCCUGAAAUACAAGAACUUCAUCCUGUUCCUGAUGCGCGCGUUCCUGUUAUGAAAUUCAAGCUCAAUGGCGUUUCUAUAGACCUUCUGUAUGCGAAUGUAGCACUCUGGGUUAUUCCUGAGGACUUGGAUGUUUCUCAGGAGUCUAUACUACAGAAUGUGGAUGAUCAGACUGUUCGUAGUCUUAAUGGAUGCAGAGUAACAGAUCAAGUUUUGCAUUUAGUACCGAAUAUUCAGAGUUUCCGCACCGCACUGAGAUGCAUGAGAUUGUGGGCAAAAAGGCGUGGAGUUUACUCAAACGUUACAGGAUUUCUAGGCGGUAUAAAUUGGGCACUGCUUGUUGCUAGGAUUUGCCAGCUUUAUCCUAAUGCAGCUCCUAGCAUGUUGGUUUCUCGUUUUUUCAGAGUCUACAGUUUGUGGCGCUGGCCAAACCCAGUUUUACUGUGUCCAAUAAAUGAAGGAUCUCUAGGGCUGGCCUAUUGGGAUCCUCGGAGGAAUUUCAAAGAUAGGCAGCAUCUAAUGCCGAUAAUAACUCCAGCAUACCCCUGCAUGAAUUCGAGUUACAAUGUUUCAACGAGUACCUUGCGUGUCAUGAUGGAAGAAUUCCUUAGAGGGAAUGAAAUUUGUGAGGCAAUAGAAGCUAACAAAGCUAGCUGGGGAAGUCUAUUUGAGCCUUUCCCUUUCUUUGAAGCCUAUAAAAACUACUUGCGAAUAGACAUAGCUACAGAAAGUGACGAUGACAUGAGGCAAUGGAAAGGAUGGGUUGAAUCUAGGAUACGCCUGCUUACUCUAAAGAUUGAGAGAGAUACAGUCGGUGUACUUCAGUGCCAUCCACAUCCGGGGGAAUUCUCAGAUAAAUCUAAGCCAUUUCACCAUUCUUAUUUUAUGGGAUUGCGCAAAAAAGAAGGUGCAAGUUAUCAACAAGGCGAACAAUUUGAUAUAAGGUCGACAGUUGAGGAUUUUAAGCGAGAUGUAUAUGCAUAUUCUUUUUGGAAAUCUAGCAUGUGGAUUAAUGUGUGUCAUGUAAGACGAAAGGAUCUUCCCGACUUUGUCUUCCCGGGAGGAGUACGUCCUGCUCAGCCUGCAAAAAGUGAAAGCCGUUCAGGCUCAAGAUCGCUUGGUUCUGCUAAAACAACUUCUCCAGAUGCUGCUUCUAGCAGAAAGAGAAAACAUGACGAAGUUGUUGCAGGUCUUAGCCCAAAAGGCAGUGAUGCCAGCUCACCAGGUGAAAUUAGGGAGUUGAAACACUUUGAAGCCGAUACUGGUGAUACCUCGAGUACAUUGCCUGUGGCUGCAUCUGGUGCAGCUGUAACGGAGUUAACAGUCAUGCAAUCUGCCAAACUGACUGUGGGCCAGCAAAGUGAACCCCAUGGUGUUGAAGAUCUUGGGUAUGACCUGGAGUUGACAAAUGGAGCUAAGCAUUUUGAUGGGGCUAAUGGGCUGCAGACAGAGCCCCCUACACCAGAGCAAUUUGUUGGGGCAGCAACAUCAGAGGAAAAGGACAGAAUUGGUGGUUCUAGCAAUAAUGUCCUGCAAAGCGAGGGCUUGGAAGAACUUGAGCCAAUUGAGCCAGCACCAUCCUCCAGCAUUGCAUCUGCUGCAUUUGAGGUUCCUCAGAAGCCGCUCAUUAGGUUCAAUUUUACUUCUUUGCGGAAAACAACUGAGAGCACAUGAAGAAAUGUGCAGUGACCAGAUUGCUGGAGCUCGAAAGAACCAGAUUGCUGGAGCUCGAAAGACAUCAAAUACUCCUUUACAUGAAGAGCAUUGGAGCUAUGUAAAAGAUGCAGGACAAAAAAAAUGGAAUAAAGAAAAAAGAGAGCUGGAAUCCAAUUUUGGCUGGAGGUGCAAGUACAUCUUGCAAUUUCUUAAGCUAAGCCAUGAAUGUUUUUAAAGCAAAAAAA